AUGAAGGCUCGUUGUUUACUUGCUAGGGAGAAGUGGGCUGAGAAAGAGGAGAAACUGAGAAAGAAGGUGAGGCAGGUUCUGAAGUGCGACGUGACCAAAGCCAACCCCGUGGACCCCGUGUCCCUGCCUCCUGCCGACUGCGUCCUCUCCACCCUCUGCUUGGAGGCCGCCUGCAAGGACCCGGCCACCUUCCGCAGCACCCUGAGAAACGUCGGUGCCCUCGUGAAGCCGGGGGGGCACCUGGUGAUGGUGACCGUCCUCCGGGAAACCUACUACGCCUUCAACAAGCAGGUUUUCUCGUGCCUCCGCCUGGAGAGAAACGAG